AUGACGCGACGGAAUACUCCAACCGCGUCGCGGCCGAAAAAGAAUAAGACUCCUCCGCAGAACCCUCCGGCCUCUGCUGUUCGUUCUGUUCCCGUUCCGGAGAACCCAACUAGCACUGCAGCUAUUGAGACUCAUCCUUCCGUUCCUAAUCCUCCUGCCCACUUUUCGGUGCCGAAUUCACCUGCCUAUCUUCCUUAUGGCUAUCCGUCCUACUGUCCGAUGAUACCACCUUACGGCUAUCCGUUCCCGCCGUAUCCUUAUCCUGUUUCGCCAUAUUCUGGCAUUCCAUCUCCAGCCAGCGAACCCUGCACUGCAGCGCCCGCGCGACCCGACUACUAA